ACGCCGGGCCGCCGAGGAGGAGGAGGAGAUUCAUACUUUGGGGACAAAAGUUCCUGUGCAGAGAAUAUUAGCACAGUUAAUUUUACAAGCUCUUCUUCAGCAAGAGGUUUGAAUAGCGCUUGGGUAGGAAAAACACCCCUCUCUUCUAGUAGGUCAGGUAGAAGCCGAACUCCUCUCAUGGGAUAUUCAGUUACUUCCUCGUCUGCAGUCUCUGCUCAUAACACCGCGUCAGUUAUUGUAGCAGUAGUAGAAGGAAGAGGACUUGCCCGAGGUGAAGUAGGAAUGGCUAGUAUUGAUUUAAAAAAUCCCCAGGUCAUUUUAUCCCAAUUUGCAGACAAUUCAACAUAUGCUAAGGUUGUCACUAAACUCAAGAUUUUAACACCACUAGAAAUAAUAAUGUCAAAUACUGCCUGUGAUGCAGGAAAUGCAACAAAAUUGUUCAGUUUGAUAACAGAUAAUUUCAAGAAUGUGACUUUUUCUACUGUCCAAAGAAAAUACUUCAAUGAGACAAAGGGGUUGGAACACAUUGAACAGUUGUGUGCAUCUGAAUUCAGUACUGUCCUAAUGGAAGUUCAGUCCAAGUAUUACUGUCUAGCAGCUGCAGCAGCUUUACUAAAAUAUGUUGAAUUUAUUCAAAAUUCAGUUUAUGCUCCUAAGUCACUCAAAGUUUGUUUCCAGGGAAGUGAACAAACAGCUAUGAUAGAUUCAUCAUCAGCCCAAAACCUUGAACUAGUAACUAAUAAUAGAGAUUCUCGGAACAGACACACACUUUUUGGAAUUCUAAAUUAUACUAAAACUCCAGGUGGAAGCCGAAGACUUAGGUCCAAUAUCUUGGAGCCUCUGGUUGAUGCAGAAACAAUUAACACAAGACUGGAUUGUGUCCAGGAACUACUCCAGGAUGAGGAACUGUUUUUUAGUCUUCAGGAAGUUAUUUCAAGAUUUCUGGAUACCGAACAACUUCUUUCAGUUUUAGUACAACUCCCAAAGCAGGACACAGUUAAAGCAGCUGAAUCAAAAAUAACUAAUUUAAUCUACCUGAAGCAUACCCUAGAGCUUGUGGAUCCUCUAAAGGCUGCCUUACGAAGCUGCAAGACACCUUUGCUAAAAGCAUACUACAGUUCUCUGGAAGAUAAACGGUUUGGAAUCAUACUUGAAAAAAUUAAGACAGUCAUUAAUGAUGAUACCAGAUACACAAAAGGCUGCUUGAAUAUGAGGACCCAGAAGUGCUAUGCUGUAAGACCAAACAUCAAUGAAUUCCUUGAUAUAGCUCGUAGAACAUACACAGAGAUAGUGGAUGAUAUAGCAGGAAUGAUAGCACAGCUUGCAGAAAAAUAUAACCUCCCUUUGAAGACAAGUUUCAGUUCUUCUCGUGGAUUUUUUAUCCAGAUGAAUGCAGACUCUGCAGUUUUAUCCAAUGGUCAGCUUCCUUCAGAAUUCACAAAGAUUAUGAAAAUAAAAAAUACAUAUAGCUUUAUUUCAGCAGAUGUGAUUAAAAUGAAUGAAAGGUGCCAGGAGUCUUUGAGAGAAAUUUAUCACAUGACCUACUUAAUAGUGUGUAAACUACUGAGUGAGGUCUAUGAACAUAUUCAUUGUCUGUACAAACUUUCUGACACUGUAUCCAUGCUGGACAUGCUGCUGUCAUUUGCCCACACCUGCACUAUUUCUGACUAUGUUCGCCCAGAAUUCACUGAUACCUUAGCAAUCAAGCAGGGAUGGCAUCCUAUUCUUGAAAAGAUAUCUCUGGAAAAACCCAUUCCUAACAAUACAUAUCUCACAGAGGGCAGCAAUUUUGUCAUUAUCACAGGACCAAAUAUGAGUGGAAAAUCAACUUACCUAAAACAGAUUGCACUAUGUCAAAUUAUGGCACAGAUUGGUUCUUAUGUUCCAGCAGACUAUUCUUCUUUUAGAAUUGCUGAACAAAUUUUUACUAGAAUUGGUAUGGAUGAUGAUAUAGAAACAAAUGCAUCAACAUUCAUGAAGGAAAUGAAAGAGAUAGCCUAUAUCAUACAAAAUGCUAAUGACAGAUCACUUAUUAUAAUUGAUGAACUUGGCAGAGGUACCAGUACUGAAGAAGGUAUUGGCAUUUGUUAUGCAGUCUGUGAAUAUCUAUUGAGUUUAAAGGCAUUUACACUAUUUGCUACACAUUUUCUGGAACUGUGUCAAAUAGAUGCUUUAUAUCCCAAUGUGGAAAACAACCAUUUUGAGGUGCAACAUGUGAGAAGCAGUACUGGAAAUAAAGAAAAAAUUGCUUAUACUUACAUACUUUCAAAGGGACACACGGAAGAAAAAAACUAUGGUUUAAAAGCUGCAGAAGUUUCCUCUCUACCUCCAUCAAUAAUUUUGGAUGCAAAGAAUAUCACAAAUCAUAUUACUCGACAAAUUCUGCAAAGACAAAGAAGCACUCCCGAGACAUUAAGACAGAGGGCUGUUUAUCAUCUGGCAACAAGGCUUGUUCAGACUGCCAGGAACUCUCGAUUGGAUCCAGACAGCUUGCGAAUAUACUUGAAAGGCCUGAAGAAAAAGUAUGAAGCUGACUGUCCAGUGUUUGGGCAAACUGAAGGGCAACUGUAGUGUAUGAAUUAUGGUAAUAGACUAAUUGUUACGGUGAAGACAAGGCUUAUUGUCUAUCACACCAUAUUGUUAGCAAUAGUUUUCCAUUAAAAAAAAAACUUUCAAUUUAAUAUAAAUUAUACUCAUUACUGUCAUACUCAUAGAUGGUCUCCACAUGUGAUUAUAUGCCAAGUUAUUCUUCUGAAGCAAAUUUGAAACAGAAGCAUCUGCUUUAUAUAAUGGAAAUCAGUAUUAUAAUAAUAAUAUUCCCCUUUAUUUAUUUUGAGAGAGACAAAUGCAAAUAGUAUUUUAACUACUCAAGGCUCGAUAGUUCAGCAUUAGUAUUAUACAGUAUACAGAUCUUAUACAGAUGUAUAAGAGAUCUUGGCCAGCGAAAAACUGGCACUGUGACUUGGGCAGAAAAGCUAUACUUUUCUCCCUUGCUGUGCAGCCACUGAGUUUGCUCAUUCUUCGGGGGGAAUUCCACCUAUUUUCUGUAUAACGUUUAAUUCAGCAUUUGGCUAACAACUCAAGACUGCUUCCUCCCCAGAUUUGGAGUUCUUAUCCAACUCAUUUGUUGCUCAUUUGCUUGCACAACUAUGAUAGUCUCAUUCAAGAGGAUGAUAUUACAGGAUGAACUUUUUCCCCUGUGUCCCUCCAGCUUUGUUACAGUUGUCCAGUGCUGGCUAACAAAUCUACUCUGGAACGUAUUUGGGAAAAGAAGAAUGUGCCUGUUAGCCUGAAGUCUACAUGCCCAUUGAGAAAAUGGCCAUGAGAUGGACAAUGCUUGGUAUGUUAAUGAUGAAAGACUCAGAGCAGAAGCCCCAUUUUCAGACUCUGGGUAUAGUGGGGGCUCCACUUUAUGAUUUCUGUAGCAGCAGAGGAAAAUGAAUAGGUAUGUUUCAAAAUAGAAAAUUAGAUGUUAUGCAGAGUGUGUCAUACAUUUUUUUUUCCAUCCCAUGGAGCUGGGUUAAAUCGUUUAAGAGACAUAGCUCCUGUGGGAAAGAGGAAUGGACAACAGCAUUAAUAGGGAGUUGUGGGAAGCCAACUACUUCUUUAGUCUUUGUGGAUGACUCCCUGAUAAAAAUGGGAUGUGUUUUGGCUUUCUACUUCAGCAUUACUGAUGGUUGAUUGUUUUUUAAAAAAGGCAUUGGCAUUGAACUCUUUGUCAAAACACAUUUACACCUAGUUACAAGUAGCAUCCAAGAUUACUACCUUAAGACUGGAAGAGACCAGAGGAAGAGUUAUUUCAGUUCUAUUGUUCUAUUUUGUUUUCUUUGUGAAUUUAACAAUAAUUUGUUAUAGUAACUUUCACUCUUAUGUUAAUGUCUAGUUUCACAAAUUGAAAGGUAAGGCAGGACAUUUACCGCUCAGGAGUUCACUUUUGCUGAAAAUGUAUUCAGUUGCAAUUUAGCCAAUGAGGCCUGAGGUGUACUCUUGGAGUUACUGAGUGCUUCUCUACCUCAUAAGGGAGAUUCAAAAGGAAUAGGUUCUGCCUACUUCCUCCUCAAGGACCUAUGUGGAAGUUCAGUCUAGCUAAAAAAGUAAGAUGUUUCUUUUGAAACAAUAUAAUUUUAUAAUUUAAGUAUUUGUUUAACAUUUAAUAAAUGCCUAUUCUAAAUUAUAGUAGUUUACUUUUUUCUUGAACAUAUGUUAUUAUUUACUUCCUACAUCUUAAAGACACCUGUAAAAAAAAAAACUUUUAAAGUCUAAAUUUUCUGCAGUUUGAUUCAUUUCAGCACUUUUGUUUCA